AUGAAACUUUGGGACUCUCCAUGUACUUCCUUCCCAUAUUCAUUCGACGAGGUGGUCAGUGCUUUUUGGGACAGAUAUCCAAACUCCCAUGCGAAGCAUAUUCUGUCGGAAGAUGUUCUUGAGCGUCAAAUCACUGACAACACCAUCGUUACAAAAAAAUUGAUUAUCAAACAGGGUAGUUCAAUUCUCAAACGAGUGCCAAGAUGGAUUUCACGGAUGACCGACAUUCGAGUUGUUCCAGUUAUUGAGGAAAGCGUAUAUGAUAGAGUAUCGAAGAAGCUUGUCACAUACACGAGAAACGUUUCACAUCUUUCCCUCUUCGAACUUCAUGAGAGAUGCGUUUAUAAGCCAUCAGAGGAUCAGCACCAUCCUGCACUUCUGACUGACGUACUUCGCAGCGUCACAGUCUCCAUCGACUGUGGACGGAUGAGCUCUGUCUACGAACAAGUUCUUCUUAUGGGAUUCAAAAAAUCUAUCAAUAACACAACAAAAGGAAUGUUUGAAAAGUUGGAGGAGAAGUUUGGUGUGAAGCAUCUCGCGAAUGAGAAGAUGAAAUUGAUAAAGGAAAAAAUCAUAAAGUCCUCCUCAAAUCUCGUUACGCAUGUCAAGUGUGAAGAGGAAAACGAUAAACAUUGA